UUUACACAAUAUUGCCUCGCUGGCCUGACAACAUCUUAUAAAUACUCUCCCACCUUCGUCGUUUUUGUCUAUGGGCGCAAUUUCACACAUGCACCGGCGUUGCAAAACACUCUUUCGAAUCUGUACCAAGACAACACCUUGUCGUUCCAAUUACACCAUGCAGUUGAAUUCCAGCAUCAUUGCUCUAGUUAGCAUGCUGGUUGCCUUUGGCAUGGCAGCGCCUUCAGUUGAUUCUGGAAUCAGCCCUAAUCCCGUAUAUCGAGAUUUGAACAAAAGAUGUACCGGCUACUGUAACCAAGGGUGCGAAGAGCAGCUUGGCUGCAGUUGCAAGGGGGAGCUUUGUGGCUAGUUAUGUAGAUAAAUACUUAGCCCUACAUUCCAAGGACGAAGGGAUAUGCCGCACUAGGCCACGUAGGUUGUACAACAGUACUGAUCUGCGGUCGUUGGGAUCGAGUAUACAGCGAGUAGAAUGCUGCAAUGGGAUGGAAUAGUGUCUGAUAAAAGAAAGGAAGAACAAAAACUACGCAACAAAAAGAAUGCAAACCUGAUG